AUGAGUUACUCGGUAGAGCACCACCUCUUCGGCCCGACCUCGUACCGCAAGGCUCGGCCUGCCUCCGUGUCCUCCAGCGGCUUUCACUCCCAGCGCCGCCGCCUCACCUACAGCCAGCCGUCCUCUGUCGACAGCUUGGACACCUUCAACGGUGACAUGACGCGAAGGAGCGAGAAGGAGAUUCUGCAGACUCUGAACGACCGGUUCGCCGGCUACAUCGACAAGGUGCGGAACCUGGAGAUGCACAACCGCAACUUGGAGGCGGAAGCGGCAGCCCUGCGGCAGAGCCAGGCCGGGCGCGCCUCGGUCGGGGAGCACUACGAGCGAGAGCUGGGCGACCUGAGGGGUCUCCUACAUCAGCUGACCGCAGAGAAGGCCCGCGCGGCUCUGGAGCACGAGCACCUGGAGGAGGACAUCCAGCACCUGAGGGCCAGACUGGAGGAUGAGGCGCGAAACCGGGAAGAGCUGGAGGCUGCCGCUCGCGCCAUGAAGAAGUAUGUUGAGGAGUGCCGGCUGGCGCGGCUGGAGCUGGACAAGAAGCACCGUGCCCUGGAGGAGGAGGACGCUUUCCUGAAGAAGAACCACGAGGAGGAGGUGGCCGAGCUCCUCGCGCAGAUUCAGGGCGCGCAGGUGAGCUUUGAUAUGCGAGACACGCUGAAGGCGGACGUCACCGGCGCACUGCGAGAGAUCCGCGCGCAGCUGGACAGUCACGCAACCAAGAGCUCGACGCACGCUGAGGAAUGGUUCAAGGUGCGUAUGGAGCAUCUGUCUGAAGCUGCUCGGUCUAACCAGGACGCCCUUCGCGGGAGCAAGGAUGAGAUCGCCGAGUACCGCCGUCAGCUCCAGAGCCGCACUAUUGAGCUGGAGACCCUUCGAGGAACCAAGGAUUCCCUGGAGAGGCAGUGCAUGGAGAGCGAUGACAGACACCAAGAUGACCUCAACUCACUACAGGAGACCAUCAAUCAGCUGGACAAUGAGCUGAAAACCACUAAAUGGGAGAUGGCCAGUCAGCUGAAAGACUACCAGGAGCUGCUGAAUGUGAAGAUGGCUCUAGACAUUGAGAUAGCUGCUUAUAGGAAGUUACUGGAGGGAGAGGAGAAUCGCUUUGUGUCAGGAGGAAGUCCGUACUCCUACCUGGAGAGCAGAAUCUCCCACUUCAAGGUGAAAGGGGAGGAGAUCUCAGAUACAGUCAUUGUGGAGGAACAGACAGAUGAGACCCAGGUGACGGAGGUGACAGAGGAGGCAGAUGAGGAGGAAGAGGAAGAAAAGAAAGAAGAGGAAGAAGAAGAGGCAGGUGAGGAAGAAGAGGAAGGCGAGGAAGCCAAAGAGGAGGAGGGAGAAGGCGAGGAAGGAGAAAAGAAGGAGGAGGAGGUCAAGGGAGAAGAAGAGAAGGAGGAAGAAAAGGAAGAGGAGGAAGAGAAGGGUGAGGAGAAGGGAGAGGAAGAGGAGGCAGGCGAGGAGGAAGAGAAGUCUAAAUCUCCAGAAAAGGCUGCAUCCCCUCCUUCGAAGUCCCCACAACCUAAAUCUCCUGCUGUCAAAUCACCAGAAUCCAAAUCGCCAGAAUCUAAAUCACCAGCAGCCAAAUCCCCGAUGCCGAAAUCACCUGCGAAGUCUCCUGCAGGAGAUGAGUCAAAGUCACCUGUGUCAAAAUCCCCACCCAGCAAAUCCCCCGAAUCUAAAUCACCUCCUCCCAAGUCCCCUGAACCAAAGUCUCCAGAGAAAGAGAAGGCCAAGCCUGUCGCUGCCAAAGACACCCCUAAAGAGGAGAAAAAAGAAGAGAAAAAAGAGGAGAAGCCUCAGCCUGCCAAGGAAGAAAAGAAGGAGAAAGAGCAACCAGUGAAGGAGGAGAAGAAGCCAGAGCCCAAGGAGAAAGAGCCCGAGAAGGCAGACAAACCUGACACAAAGAAAGAGAGCAAAGCAGAAGAAACACCCAAGACGGACGACACUUCGAAACCCGCCGCUCCCAGCAAGCCCGCAGAGGACAAACCAGCCCCCAAAUCUGAGCCUAAAGAGAGCGCUCCCCCUGCCAAGGAGGAGAAACCCUCUGCUCCUAAACCAGAGAAGGCCGAGCCUGAGGCAAAGCCUGCCCCUAAAGCGGAGCCCGAGAAAACUGAGGGCAAGAAGGAGGAGAAGAAGCCAGAGGAGAAGUCCGCACCGAAAGCCGAACCCAAGACAGAGAGCAAGAAAGAGGAGAAGAAGCCAGAGGAGAAGACCGAGACCAGUAAAGAAGAGAGUAAGGAGGUGAGGGAAGGGGGGAAGGCAGAGAAAGCGGAGAAAUCUUCUGGCACUGAGGCAAAGGAGAGCAAGGAGGAGAAGGCCAAGAAGUAACACUGAUAAGCUGUGAUUCAGGGCAUGAGGAGAGGAGGAGGUGGAGAUGCCAAAGAACUAUGAGGGAGUUAAAGAGCAGGAGAAAGCAGACGGGCACCUCAGUGUCCAAAGCAAAGCAGGUGAUGGUACGUAAGCAAUAGUGAUUUCUGUAGCAAAUAAUCCCCUGCUCCUUAAGUAUGGCCAUUACACCCCCCGAUGCUUCUGAUGUAUGACUGUAGUGAAUGCAGAAUGCUCUAAACUCGUUAUCUGAAUGUGACAA